AUGACUUUCACUGCCCUAGUACUUUUCUUUGUUCACUUCAGUUCGGCCACCACGGCGUUUCCUGAAGUAACAUUGCCAGUCAGUCACUCAACCUGUCCCACCUCAGUAUCAAAAUUCCUCAAUACAAACCUGCCCAAUGAUUUUCCAACCUCUGGUGAAUAUGAUAAAACUGGAUUGACUGGAUCAGAGCCAGGCACCGGUUCCAGUGCCGACAUACGAUUCAUGGAGAAAGGGCUUCACAAUCCGGAUGUCAGACAAAAGCCCCAACCAACCAUUCCAAAUUCGAGUGUUAAGCGUGAGAUAUGUGUAGAGAAGGGUGAGCUUAACGCCGAGCUGUCUGGUAUUGCAGCCGAUGCUGAUAAACUGAUCAACUCGUUUGCCUUGAAAUUAUCAACUGCAGAUCGUAUGUUGAAGCAAGAACAACGAUGGGAAGAAAUAGGGAAAACAAAUUACAGAUCAGAAGUCAGCCAACCUCCUCAGCAAACCAAGAGCCUAGCCGGCAGACCAACUGAGCAACAUGCAGACAAGAGCACCGUUUGCCACAUCAAGAAACAAAGGAGAACUCGCGGAAAAGAACCUGUAUCAGGGCCGGAAUUGUCCUACUUCGACGAAAAGACCCUUCACAUAAAGGCAGAAGCUCUUGAGGCAUGCAAGAAAAUUGAUUCCAUGAUGGCUCAGAAAAAGAUAGAAAUUCAAAGACUGUAUAGUCAUGGGUGCCGUUCAACUUCAUCGGGGAAAACGAUUAACGGCUUACCAGUAAUCAUCAUGGAAGCUCCUGAAAGCUUACCGGAUGGCGGGAAGCAUUACAACGCUAACAUCAAGCUUCUGUUGAGGGCUACUUUGCAAUUUUGCUCAGCAAGAGAAUGCAUCAAACCGUUCUUCGUUAAGAUCAGCUUUAUUCAAGGUGCCCUAUAUGCUUGCCACGCCCGAUUCUGUGAAAAGGGACUCGUGCAUCUUCUGGGCGAAAAUAGCGAGGAUCUUGACGGGCUUCUUGGAUGGUAUUAUGGCCUCAUAUUUGAAGAUACCAGCGAGCAUCUGCCUCUCCUGGGUCCUGCCCGCUUGACCCCUCAGAAGACAUUCAGUGAAGCUCAAGUCGUGUUGUAUAAUGCUCUGCUGGAUCCGCCCCGGAUUUCUGUGUCCAAAGCGUGCCAAGCUGCGCUUGAGUUGAUGGAAAUUCGGUACCAAGAAGCGCUGUCAAAACUUAGCCUACCGCAUAUCCCUAUCUCUUUUCAAGAUUGUAAGGAGUUGGCUUGUAAAGUGCUGUGUUCAUGA